UUCUUGAAUCAUGUAUUUGGGGAAUGAUUAAUUUUAGGGUAUAUGAUGGGAAUUUUCAUUAAGGACUGUGAAUGAUUAAAAUAAAGAAGAGUUGUCAAUUUGAACCGAUGAUAAUGGCUGCAAAUUAUUUUUCACGUACUAUAUGACGUUAAAUGUAUUUAAGUAUUAGCAAUUAAAUUAAAAUAAGAAUGAACGUAGUACACUGGACAAAUAAUAACAAUGAAUCGUAAUCAAAGUCAAUUAGGUAAUCCUCUGAGACAUUGCCUCCUAUAAAAAAAAGGAUUUCAAAAAGACUGUAAAAACACAUAUAAGAUACUUCUUUCAAAGAAUUGUACAAAUAAUAGAAGCUUGCUGAAAUUGUUCAAAAGGCUAUGGAGAGAAUCGAAUGUCAAUAUGAGGAAUAUGACGAAAUAAAAAUUUGUGGUGAGAUAAUAAAACUCAAUGACAAAGUGAUUAUCAAAAAUGAGGAUAGUAAUGUGGAGGAUUAUAUUGGAGCAAUUUAGAAAAUUUGCACUAUCGUAGAACCUAGGACGCUUAAGUUAAUAUGUCUUUGUGAAGUGUAAUGGUUUAUGAGAAAGAAUGAAAUAAUUUGUCACAAACCAAGAGCUCGAAGUUGGAUUGGAAAUUAAGAAAUCUUCUCCACCAAUACCAAUGAUUAUGUAUUAGCUUAGACAAUUGUUCAGAAAUGCACAGUUGUUGAUUGUGAGGAGUAUUUCAAUAUGGAGAAUUGUGAUUCCACUACCUACUAUAAUCGAUUGGAAUGGGAUGUGGAAUGCAAGAAAUUUACAAAUAUGAAUACAAUUAAGAUGUAUUGCUUAUGCCAACAGCCUUGGAAUCCUGAGCUCAACUAUAUUUAAGUAUUAUUUUAGUGAUAUAAUUAGUGUGAUAAAUGCUAAAAAUGGUACCAUUUCGAAUGUGUUGGUUUAAAAGGGGGAUCCUAUGAAAACAAAGAAUAUGCAUGUGGGUAUUGCAAUUGAAAAUGGG